GCGUGGUCUACGCAACGUCACCAUUACGUUUAACAUGUACACGGAAGUGAGGCGACAGGAAAACCCAACGAAGACGCAUGAGACGCAUAUAGAUAAACCAGGUGUGUAUGUAUAUGUUGAGACAUGUACCAGAGAGGAUGGGUCAGGCCCUGUGUAUCUGCUCCCGCGGCUCCCUCACCAUCGACAACAAGCGAUACUACUUCAUCCAGAAGCUAGAUGAGGGUGGGUUCAGCUAUGUGGACCUGGUGGAGGGGGUGCAAGAUGGCCACUUCUACGCCCUGAAGCGGAUCCUGUGCCACGACCGCGUAGGGUGCCAGGAGGCUCAGACGGAGGUGGACAUGCACCGCCUGUUCAACCACCCCAACAUCCUGUCUCUCACGGCACACACCUUUGUGGAGCGAGGCGGGAAGAGCGAGGCCUGGCUACUGCUACCGUACAUCAGCGUCAGUCGCUUGGAUAACACACACACACAAACACACAUGCUCUCUCACACACACAUGCCUUCACACAAGCACGCACACACAAUCAUUUUACACACGCUCUCUCACACACACACACACACACUGUCAUACACACACACGCACACUCUCUACGUAAAACGGACACAGAGUGGGAAAUACAUGCUCCAUAGAUUCCUCACUGUGUGUGUGUGUGUCAUGCAGAAAGGUAGCCUGUGGUCUGUGCUGGAGAAGCUGAGAGACAAGGGCAGUGUGAUGGCAGAGAGACGGGUCAUUCGCAUCCUGCAGGGCAUCUGUUCGGGCCUCAAGGCCAUGCAUGACCGAGGCUACGCACACAGGGACCUGAAGCCCACCAACGUUCUCCUUGAGGAGGAGGACCUCCCCUUGCUGAUGGACCUGGGCUCCAUGAACCGAUCCAGGAUAGAGGUCCGCGGGACCAGAGAAGCCAUGACUGUUCAGGACUGGGCGGCCCAGAGGUGCACCAUCUCCUACAGGGCUCCGGAGCUCUUCAACGUGGACAGCCACUGCGUCAUCGACGAGCGCACCGACAUCUGGUCCCUAGGUUGUGUGCUGUAUUGUAUGAUGAUGCUAGAGGGACCCUAUGAUCUGAUCUUCCAGAAGGGGGAUAGUGUGGCACUGGCCGUCCAGAAUCCCAUCCACAUCCCUCAGUCUUGCAGUUACUCCGAGGGCCUUCAGAUGCUGCUGAGCUCCAUCAUGGUCUCCAACCCCCAGGAGAGACCCGACAUCAACUGGGUGCUGGACCAGGUCCAUGACCUCCUGGCCCGCAGCGCCACCACCCAGACCAACAUGGUCUGACGCUCCACAAGAUGCGGCGCUGAUGGAGAAAGUGGGCUUUUGACAUGGCGGCUGCUUUGUUGCGAGGAAGAAAAAAAAGGGGGGGGGGGGGGGG